UGGUUACUUUCCAUCUUAUUAAAGAGAGAGAGAAGAGGAAGAAGAAAGGGAAAUGAGAGAGACCUGACAAUAAUAAUAGUGUAUCAAAAUUAUUAUCUCUAUGGAUCGCUAGUAUAUAGCAAUACCCCUUUUACUCUCUCUCUCUCUUUCGCUUGCAGAGAGAAAAGAAAAGAAGGAAAGAAACCAAAAACGAACCCAUUAUUCAAGAAUCAAGAAUAGUAAGCCCUGUUUAUUUUCUUACAGUUUCUUGUUUUUUCUUUUCACAUUUCCAAUUUCAUUGAUUGUUUUGGUUUCUUCACUUCCUCUUUUCGGUUUCACCUCCCUAAAUGUAAAUCAAUACCAUAUAAAACCCAAAGCUCAUUCCCCUAUUUUCACACCACACAAGUAGUUCUUUUCAAAAUGAUGGGUUGUUUCCAGUUGCACUCUGCCCUUUUAUUCUUUCUAGUUUCCCUUCUGUCAUCUCCGUUUUGCCUCGGGAUUCGUUCAGUACCCGGGAGAGAAAUCGACGGUGGAGAUAAUGUUCAAGCAAUGGGCAGCACUAGUUUCACUUUCCGAUUUGCUGAAGCGCCGGACUACCGUAACGGAAUAGGCUGCCCAGUUUCUUCAACUAAUACUAAACAGCAAUUUGUCUCUUCUUGUGACCCAUCUUUAGUUCAUGUAGCAAUGACACUGGAUUCAGAGUAUCUACGUGGCUCAAUCGCCGCUGUUCAUUCAGUUCUCAAACACGCCUCUUGCCCUGAAAACGUGUUUUUCCAUUUCAUUGCGGCUGAGUUCGAUCCAGCGAGUCCGCGAGUUCUGAGUCAACUCGUUCGAUCGACGUUUCCUUCACUCAGUUUCAAAGUUUAUAUAUUUAGAGAAGACACGGUUAUUAACCUAAUCUCUUCUUCAAUUCGUCAAGCCCUAGAAAACCCGUUAAACUACGCAAGAAAUUACUUGGGUGAUAUUCUUGAUUCUUGCGUUGACCGAGUUAUUUAUCUCGACUCAGAUGUUGUUGUUGUCGAUGAUAUACAUAAACUAUGGAAGACAACUCUUGAUGGGUCAAAAGUCAUAGGGGCACCUGAGUAUUGUCAUGCAAAUUUUACCAAGUAUUUCACUGAUGGGUUUUGGUUCGACCCGGUUCUUUCUCGGGUUUUUUGGACCCGGAAGAAGAAACCGUGUUAUUUCAACACUGGGGUAAUGGUAAUGGAUAUGGUGAAAUGGAGGGAGGGUGAUUACAGGAGGAGAAUAGAGAAUUGGAUGGAGAUGCAAAGAAAAAGGAGGAUUUAUGAAUUGGGUUCGCUGCCGCCUUUUUUAUUAGUGUUUGGAGGCAAUGUGGAGGGGAUUGAUCAUAGAUGGAAUCAACAUGGUUUAGGUGGUGAUAAUGUGAGAGGGAGUUGUAGGUCAUUGCAUCCGGGGCCUGUUAGUUUGUUGCAUUGGAGUGGAAAAGGGAAGCCUUGGGUUAGACUCGACGCGAAGAAACCAUGUCCGCUGGAUCAUCUUUGGGAGCCUUAUGAUCUUUAUAAAGUAGUUGUUUAUGAGAGUGGUGAUGAUAAAAACAAGGUGAAGAGCCGUCAUCAGCUCUUGGGCAGUUCUUCUUCACAAUCUUCAUUCAUGGGCUACUCUAGUUAUUUGUGAUAGUGAUGAAGAUGAUGAUUAUUCUUUUGAUUUUUAGUCCACACAUUUGAAGAAAUUCUUUACUAGAUGUGUACAGAUUAGAAAUUGGGACUGGCAGACGAGGAGGGGCAGGAAACUGAUUGGUUUGUACUUUUUUUUUAAAGAUUCUUUUACAUUGUUCUUUUAUUUUUUUUUUUGAUUUCUUGAAAUUCGCGUGCUUACAUACGUGGGAGAGGGGUUCCAUUGCUAUGGAACAAUUUUGGUGGAUUGAUUUCUUUGUAUGUAAUUGAAUAUUAUUCCAUUGGAGUGAGGGGAGAUAAUGGAAGAAUAACAUACAGUUGUUCUGUUCA